UUUGCCUCUGGAAUGGAACAGCACGGGUAAAGUGAGAUUGUACACUCCCGGGUCCGACAGGCCGGAGAUCACACUGGCCCACUGUACCAGACAGGGGACACUUGCUCUUAACAAUGAUUGGUAAUAAGUCCUAAUAGUGGAGUCUGAUGGGAUUAAGUGUGUGUUGUGUGUAUGCCACCAGUGUCAGAGAUACAGAUGCUGGUAGUCCUCUCUGUGUCACACGGUCAUUGAAGCGAGGUGCUACCUCCCACUGAUGGAGUCACUGGGGCAGACAGGCGUAUUAUCUUGCUCUGGGUGGCUUUGAUGAGAGAACUGGACAAUGCUUCUACUGAAAGCUGCCAGAACACCUUCCCGUAGUAUCCAUACUCGAGUUGUGCACACCGACAGCAGCCCACCACGCUGACUCGUUACAGGGCCGCCCCUUUCAGAGACUCACAGCCAAUGAUAGCUCACACUACAAAUUACACCGGCUGGGGAAAAACUGAUCAAAAUGAACCUCUACUAGUCGGAGUAGCUGUGCGGGUGUUUAUCAACACAGUCUUACAUGAGCUAGACCUGCACUUGUGACAGUGUUGAGUGUGAGGGGUGACCUAGGUCUCUAGUGUUGAUGUGAGCUUGACUGAGAGACCUCAGCCUGCAGUGAACCCUCCUCGCAGUGAGCCUUGGCCGCAGAGCUUACAAGAUGUCCUCCCGCAAGACGUCAUGAAGUAACGCCACACUGCACAGCACGGGUUACAGGCACUGAGAGAAGACAACGAUGAAUCGACGCCCUGUUUCAGAAUCCGGAAGGUGACACCAGAGCAGAUGGAAGUCCUCAUGUUGGCGGCACUGGUCCUAUCAGGAUCUAGUUGCUAUGGAGAUGAGAUGGCAUCACACCUGUUGCUGUUGGAUAAGCUGCCAGAAGGAAUCAGUGCCAAGAACCAACUGCCCCUUGUCAUCAGAACCAACUACAGUGGUUCUGUCCGAUUCCAAGAAUCUGAUGAUUUCCGAGUGGUUCUGAAUGUGACGGCGCCGUCCCUGCAAGAUGCAUACAGCGUCCAGGCAGACCUGGUACCUCACCGCAACACCCUGAUGCUGCAGGUGUACAAGAUGAGUGUUCCUGGAGGCUUCAGUCUGCUGUGGUUGUUUGUUGGGAUCGCGGCGGCGACAUUCCUCGUGUUCGUGUGUGCCGCCAUCUACGCCGUGUGCUGGAUCAGCUCGGAGCAGUGCAUGUACGACCUGGCGGAGCGGAAGAGCUACGCCAGCAGCAGCCAGCCCGGCAUCUACCGCUCCCGCAACAGCAUGCAGAUGGCGCUGCAGCAGGGGGACAUCGCGCUGUUGGCAGAGGAGGCGGACAACAUCCACAACGACGACACGUUAAAGAGAGUUCCAGAGAUGCCAGAGGAAGAGGAAGCCGAGGCCAUUGAAAUGGAGGAGCUGAGAAACAAAGACAAAGGAGAAGACUUCACUGACCGAGGUGAUGAAGCAUCAGUCAACAUCACUGAGAAGAAUCUGGUGAAGAGUCGCUACCACACCCAGAGCAAGACAAUUCACAAAGAUCUCAUCAAGAAGGGCAAGAGGAAGCGUUUCCGGCGCGGCAAGCCUCACAGCGAGACGUAUGACACGGUGAUGGAGUAUCCAGAGAACUCAUCUGAAGGAUCCGGGGCUUCAGAAGCAGAUGGAGAAGACAAAGAGGAGGAUGGGAAAGGGAAACACGAAGCUCGGGAACACCACGUCAUGAAACAGGGCCGAGAGAUGACAACCUUCCAUCCUAAGCUGACUCGCUCUGCCGCACCUGACCCAAGUCACAGAGACAUGGAUCACCCUCAACACCACGCCCCUGCCCCGCCCCACACAGCAGGUGCCACCCCAGGGGGUGAGGCCACCAGACCAGACCCAGCUGACCCUACUGACCUCACCGACCCAAACUAUACCCCCUUCCUGGUGCAGGCCGACGUCCACCAGAUCGGUCUGGCCGCUGAGAUCCUCCGGAACCCCCCGGACAAGAGACAUGCGGGGAACCCCGGCCAUGGCAGGUCGGGCGUGGCUCCAGUUCCGAUACCGGUCAAAGUUCCCCAGAGGAAGGUGGCAUUUUCAGAUGAUGAGAGGAAUGAUGCCAAGUCCUGCCACGAAGCACUGGAGAUAUUUCAGGAGGUGUCGCGGCGCUAUGACCUCGGGCAGCGCCUUGGUGUCAUCCGUGAAAGUGUCACUGAGGACACCCCAUCCGACAUGGACGGAGCGGAGGGGGAAAACCGCUAUUCGCAGUCCAUAUAUGGCAGUAGUGAGAUAUUCGAGACCGACCUUGGAGACCGAGUCUACUUUGACAUCAAUGACUCUGACCUUGAAAUACCCCCAAUAGACUCCGGGGACGACAGACUGUCUGACGGCAGCGUCCCCAACACUCCCCAACCAGGGUGCAAUCCACACUCCCCCAACCCUGGCAACCCACACAACCACAGCAACGGUGGCCUCAGCACCAGCGGCAAUGGUGCAUUCAACACCAGCGGCAAUGGUGCAUUCAACACCAGCAGCAAUAGUGGAUUCAACACCAGCGGCAAUGGUGCCUUCAACAGCAGUGGCCACCAAGCUUCUCUCAAGCCCAACCUGAAGAGUCCCGGCUUGAGUACAUUUGGUAUGGGCUCCGCUCACACCAGUAAAGGGUCGGAUGUUGGUCGGCAGGAGCCCGGGUGUGUGUCGCCUAGUCAGACCCUGUGUCCCUCAACGGCUGGUCCCGAGAGUGAUUCCCCACCCCUCCCCCCUCCCCCGGAGGUCAUACAACCCCAGCCCCCCGAGGGCGACGCCAGCUUCGACUUCCCGCCUCCUCCUCCGAAGCUGAUGAAGAUCCCUGAGCAAGGUCUCUGGAAGCAGCAGACGCCUGCCAAGGGAGAUAACUACAACUAUGUGGACUUCCAGAAAACAUCGGACAACUCCGACCCAAAGGAAGAACUGCGGAAACCAGCCUUGAAAGGACGCGGGAAGACGUACCAGGGUCCGAAAUAUCUGCAUCUCACCCUGUUGUCCAUCACAUGCAUCCUUGGCAUCAUCGGCGGCGUCUACUCCCAGGCUGACGCCAGCACCAUCGUCCACAUCACGGUGUAUGCUCCACGAGCCUUCUUGUCCAGGAAAGCGACAGUGUUCUUCCACAAGGACUCGGACGGAGACGUUUUCUAUGAGAAACUCAUCAAGGUGGAGAGGUUUGACGUGAGUGAUCCUGUGCUGUCCGACCUCCGCACCCAGCUGUGUCUGAACCACACGUGUGACCACAGCUGCGACGAGAGUACCGGACAAUGCAUCUGCCGCAAGGGCUUCAAGAUGGGGACCAAUGGCAAAUGUCAAGAUGUAAAUGAGUGUAUGGAGGGAGGGGCACAGUGUCACCCCACGGCUGGGUGCUUAAACAGUAUGGGCUUGUACGAGUGUAUAUGCCCCGACGGUUUCUAUGGUGACGGAAAAUCUUGCCAGGAGUGCCGCGUGCCGUGUAACCCCGGGACGUACGAGGUGCAGCCGUGCACCAAUACCACCCACAAGAUCUGCCGAGAUUGUGCCAAGGUGUGUCCUGAUGGCUACUUCAUGCUGAGGCCGUGCAAGUCAGACAGCAACUCCCACUGCAGGGCCUGUCAGAAGCAGUGCUCCUCUGGACAGUUUGAGUUCCAGACUUGUCAGAGAGAUACCAACAGAGAAUGCAAAGGCCACGCUCACCUCCCGCCGCCCGAGGCCUCCCAGAACAUCAUCCUGGAGAGCGAAUAUGGCGUCGUUGAUCGCAGGGUCGAGGAGGAUUACCUCCCUUCGAUGCAGAGCGGCAACUUUGGGUUCACACUGGACAGGGGUGAAGAUCUGAAGGUCAAGGUCACAAUGAAAUCAGUCCAGGCAGCGCAGCUCUUUGUUCCGAUCAACUCCUCUGAGAAGGGAAGUUUCCGAGCCAUCCCCCAGUCCGGCACCCAGAGUCAGAUCCUCCGUCAGUUCUGUCCCCACCCGGUCCCUGACCACUACAUCCUGCAUCACGACAGACUCAUGAACAUCACAUACAGCCUGGAUGAUGACCAGAAAGCUCAGCCGUGUCAGUCAUACGAGACAGUUGGAACAUUCCCAGGCUCCUCUUCUGCUGGCCCUUCCCACUUCCUGUACCCGCAGCCAGGACCCAUGACCGAUCUCUUCGAUGGGAUCCAAGCUGACUUCUUCAGAAGCUCCACAGUGUGGGUGGAGAAGUCUAAACGGUGUCAGCACUACAGCAAGCGGUGUGAGGACUGCACGCGGGACUGUGCGCGGCAGAUGACACAAAGCAGCUCAGAGUGUUCAGUGCUGGGCAGUGAGAGUGACAACGGCUACUCCCCGCGUCUCCGUGUGUGCUACACCUGCUGCGCCCGCAGCAACUGCAGCGACAUCUGCAAGGACUACCACAAGCGACACUGCCAGCCCAGGAAAUGUCUGAAGAGCAACUGGAUGGAGUUCCACAUCCGCCCUCAGUGGGACAGUAGUCGGAUGAACCACUUCUACUGCCACAUCAGACCGUUGCCACGGCAACACCUCCUAGAGCUGGAGUUCAGUCUGCAGUAUCAAGGUCAAUCGUUCUACAAGGGGAAGGUCAGCCUCAAGGGAGAUAAGCAGUGGGAGAAGGAAGGCAAGAUGAACUUCAAAGGCAAGAUCGUGCAUAUCGAGGUCGACUCCAAGCUCGGGGCACCGCCGGACUUCCUGGAAGGAGAGGUGUCGGGACACCGGGGAAUGUUCAAGGUCGGCCAUUACCGGAACCAAGGACCAUCUGUCUUCUCCUCCGUGAUUGGUGGAGAGUCUGUGUCCAUCAGACCCAAGCAUCCAUUUGGAGAGAUGGACACGCCAGUGACUGGCAAGAACUACGACCGAGUCGUGCUGGAGAACUCUGUGUUAGCGACGGAGGUCGAGGGACCAUACAAGGUCAGCUCCGACCUCAUGGUGGUCACCUACCUCAACGACACCUUCCCCUACCACGUGACGCACAAGAACGCCGCCCCGCGCCUCGAGGUCAGACUUCCCAAGGAGGUGUCCAUUGUGGCCUCGGUGUUCGAGAGGGUCACACUGCAGCACAAGACCAUCCGAGCCGAUCUGGUCAACAAUGACACGCACUGGGUGGUGGGAGUGUCCGGGCGGGUCAAGACUUGUCCAGGCCUGCUGAAGAUGGACGUGUACGACCCGGGCUACCCCACUGAGGCGCUAUUCAAGUAUUGGGUGGCCUUGAAGUGUCCUCGCAAGUUCCACGUCAAGUUCUCCAUGCCGACCUCUGACCUCCCCGACACGGAGAAGGAAGUGGUGGUGAUGAUAACCGAUGAUGUCCAGACUCAUCAGAUACGUAUCCACAACCCGGGGCACUACGAGAAGGUCAAGGUCAACACGGAUGACACUACUGCUGCUUCUGAUGCAGCCUCAGCUCCUAACAGUGCCACUGUGACAGAGAGACGGACAGCAGAGCCAACAUAUGGCGUGGUGUUCUCCAUCCCAUUCCUGGCGUCAGUGUGCGGAGCUGUCAUCCUCCUCCUCUUCCUCGCCAUAUUUGGUCUUGCGCUGGCUCCAGAUUCAAUCGGGCCGGAGUUACCUGCCCUUCGGUGGCAUCACACAUGCAUGAUGAUUGGCUACGUCACACUCAACUUCCUGUACAGCAUCGUCGUCACCAUGACGGUAUUCAGCAUCAUCGUCCUUGCUGUCAACAAAGACAACUCCCAGUUUGUGUCACAGUUCAAGCAGCAGUCGUACGCCAAGACGGCCGUCCACCACUUGGAGCUGCUCGCGAUGCAGCGCCACCUGGAGGAGGAGAUCAACAGACAGAAUAACUUCGCCAGCCUCACCAAGACGCGGUGUGAGGACAGCAUGAAGCCUGUCAUUGAGGACAUGCACAAGCUCCGCAAUCAGCUGCUGGAGAAGACGGCCAAUGUGUUCGAACAACAGAACAUUGUGACACUGCUGAGUGAACACUCCCAUGAAGUCCUCACCAAGCUCUCCCAGAACAUGUUCACAUUCAGGAACAACUUCCAUCGCUUCGUGCGGAACCUCCUGUCACAGCUGUCACAUGACAUCGAGUCCUCGCUGACUGACGUGGAGAACAACCGGUGGCUAUCCGGGGCACGCUUCCUGCACGGCGCCGUCAUCAACAUCCGCAAACACCUCAACAACGUCUCCUCUAAACAGUUCCUGGACUGGGCCCACCUCCAACACAAUCUGGCCAGACUAGCAGAUGAGAUGACAGCCCCCCCUGCCCUACCCGACAUACCCCACAUUGAGGGCAUCCCUACCCCCACUGCCCAGCCCCUGGGGGGCAGAAACGCUCGCAACCUCUCUCCCACGCAGUCCAAGACUCGGAAGGUGAGGAUUCACAGUCAUUGGUUCUACCCCUUCGGAACCUCAAGUACAGACGGAGGUCAGGUGACCUCACGACCCUUCGGUCAGGAUGCCACCAAGGUUGCGGAGACCCCCGGAUUCAUGUCGAUGUUCUACGUGUUCCUGGCGCUGAUGCUGUGUGUCGACUCCAUCCUCUUCCUCCACCGCUUCUCCAAGACCAUUGCCAUGGGGAGACUACUCUUGUAUGGCUACCCCGAGUACGUGGACUGUCGAGAGAAACCUGCCCCAGGAGAGGAGGACAUGGAGGACGAUGUGUUCCAGGAGGACGGUAAGGACCAAGGCGGUGCCAGGAACACCAAGUCUUUCCUGUCCCGUGCUGCACUCGCCGGCAAGAAGUUCUUCAUUCAGGUUGUGUCCACCCUGUUCAUUCCAAAGGCAGCAGUGACCGUCGUCCUGUGCGUCAUCCUCUACACGACCGUGAGCGUCUCAGACAAGAUCUUCACACAGGACAUGCUCAAGAGUCUUGGCCUCCACUAUGACAUGAACAAGUACCUUGGCCUGCAGCAGGAGAUGAUCAACAGCCGGAUCCUGUCUCACGCGGAGCAGAUUAACAGCGUGGAGUACCCGUCCUACCAGAGCUGGAUGGUUGCGUACAUCGAACGUCACCAGCGCAUCCUGGAGGUGCACCGACAGGAGCUGGAGGCCAUGAGGUCGGUCCACAAUGAGACUUACUGUCGCUACCUCACCCACCUCGGGAUGAACGUCAACUGUUCCGCCCCCGAGGACACAGAACACACCUACAGGAUCUCCACCCCGGGAUGUCGCUUUGCUCCUGUGUGGCCCAACUUCUACUUCAGGUCGCCGAGCGCCAAGGACGACAUCGCGGACCAGCAGCUGAGGGCCCUCCUGGAUGGGAUGAGGCACAUCAUCAUCAACACCUGCCAGACUGUGGCCGUCUUCAUGGCCAUUGUUGUCCUCAAAGAGCUGUUUGGGGCCGUCCUCUGGAUCUACAUCAGAAGAUCUGGAUUUGUGAGAUUAAGGAUCAUCUUUGAAACAACAGAAGAACAAACAAUCCGAGAUGGCUGAACUACUUCUGUGCGUGCAACACCAGUCAGUGGUGACCCAAGAACGUGGACUGUUGACCCAGGAGUUGAUCUGAUUAAACUACCUGUGAUGAAUCUUAAGUUCUCUUCUUCUUACAAAGGGUGAUUGCUCCAUCACGGGAUGAUUGCUCUGAUAUGUGAUGAUUGCUCAGUCACAGGAUGAUUGCUCUGACAGGUGAUGUGAUUGAGUCAAUCUGCUUCUUGCCGGGAAAUGUGGACCGCAAACUGCAAUACAUCAGCAUUGUGAUAUUUCUGGCAUUAUGCUGGCACCUGACAUUCAGUGGCUGUUAGCUGACGGACGUUCAUCGUCUGACUCGUGACGUGUGCAGGACUUACUCAGGCUUCAAGUGAUGAUCCUCAGACUUUGGAGUUGGAAGAUCUGAAUACACAGACUAUAUGAUGAAUCAAUGAUGGCAGAUUCUCCUGAAAAGUUGUGUAUCUAGGUGCACGGUUGUGUCUAGGUGCACGGUUGUGUCUAGGUGCACGGUUGUGUCUAGGUGCACGGUUGUGUCUAGGUGCACGGUUGUGUCUAGGUGCACGGUUGUGUCUAGGUGCACGGUUGUGUCUAGGUGCACGGUUGUGUCUAGGUGCACGGUUGUGUCUAGGUGCACGGUUGUGUCUAGGUGCACAGUUGUGCACAUGAUAUGUUGAGGUCCUGUUAACAAUCAAGGGAGGUAACUCUGAAUGUGUGUUCAUUGCCCUGCUGCACAACAUGGACGAGACACUGCCUGGCAGUACAAGGGAGACAACUCUGACGACCCUGCCUGUCCCUGGCCUGCUUCCCUCUGCUCAACUCGUCCUGUGCUGAUGCUGAUGCUGUUUCCUCCUGCUGUGUAUACAAGGCCUCGGUGCACAUGCACUAGGCAUCAUGGCUAUUACAGCAAUCGGAUUCUAUUCCUUUGUGCCAUGUAAACUGUAAAUAAACAUUGUACUGUUCAAAAUUGUACUGUACCACCUGUACAGCAUUGUACUGUACAAUAUGUACAACAUUGUACUGUACAAUAUGUAUCACAGAGUCCUGCUGUGUGGAUCUGUCAGUUGGUGGACAUAUCUGUGUAUAUCACGGAGUCCUGCUGUGUUGAUCUGUCAGUUAGUUGACAUAUCUGUGUAUAUCACGGAGUCCUGCUGUGUGGAUCUGUCAGUUGAUGGACAUAUCUGUGUAUAUCACAGAGUCCUGCUGUGUGGAUCUGUCAGUUAGUGGACAUAUCUGUGUAUAUCACGGAGUCCUGCUGUGUUGAUCUGUCAGUUAGUGGACAUAUCUGUGUAUAUCACAGAGUCCUACUGUGUUGAUCUGUCAGUUAGUGGACAUAUCUGUGUAUAUCACAGAGUCCUGCUGUGUUGAUCUGUCAGUUGAUGGACAUAUCUGUGUAUAUCACAGAGUCCUGCUGUGUGGAUCUGUCAGUUGGUGGACAUAUCUGUGUAUAUCACGGAGUCCUGCUGUGUUGAUCUGUCAGUUGAUAGACAUAUCUGUGUAUAUCACGGAGUCCUGCUGUGUUGAUCUGUCAGUUGGUGGACAUAUCUGUGUAUAUCACAGAGUCCUACUGUGUUGAUCUGUCAGUUGGUGGACAUAUCUGUGUAUAUCACAGAGUCCUGCUGUGUUGAUCUGUCAGUUGGUGGACAUAUCUGUGUAUAUCACGGAGUCCUGCUGUGUUGAUCUGUCAGUUGGUGGACAUAUCUGUGUAUAUCACAGAGUCCUGCUGGGUGGAUCUGUCAGUUGGUGGACAUAUCUGUGUAUAUCACAGAGUCCUGCUGUGUUGAUCUGUCAGUUGGUGGACAUAUCUGUGUAUAUCACAGAGUCCUGCUGUGUUGAUCUGUCAGUUGGUGGACAUAUCCGUGUGUACCUGCACAUGAUCUAUCUGCCGUGCUGUUGCAGUUGUAAAUAUGGCAGCCAUUCUGAAUGUCUGUUUCGAUGGGUUUUUUUACAUCUUGUGUUAAAUGAGGUUGUUGAUGUUAUUGAUGUUGUUGAUGUUGUUGAUAUUGUUACAGCAUUUUCCUCAUGUACAACAAAUCCAACUGUUACAAUGUCUGCACAUGUCAGUGUACAGAUGCACCAUCAUGCAGGGUACGAUUGCAUGAUCCGAGUCACUGAUAUAAACACCAAGUAUACACCUCCUAUAAAUAGAACAUUAACACCUGUUUCUUACUGCAACACUAUAUUAUAAUGUGACUGUGAAAUUAAAGAUGUUGUGGCCAUGAGAAAAAUCUUGUCCUAUUUGUCCGACUUCACUUGUACUUCGGGUAGGGACAAAUUACAAUGUUUUAAGAGGUUUCUUUUUAACUAAUUCUGAAUUUAUGUCUAAUGUUAUUUUAAUCUCACUUCUUGUUGUCUGUUUGUUAUUGUGAUCGUAUUUUAUGUUAUUGUACUGUUCUGACUAAAAUGAAUAAAACACUGAAUCAUA